AUGGCCGUUGUGAGAAAAUACGGUAAGCCUGACCUGUUCAUUACUUUUACAUGCAAUCCUAGAUGGCCAGAGAUCAGGGAUAACCUAGGUACACACACUUCGGCUAAUGACAGGCCUGGCAUGGUGGCCCUGGUGUUCCACGCUAAACUUAAGGACCUCAUGCGUGACAUAACGGUUAAUAGGAUUUAUGGAAAUGUAAAUGCUUAUAUAUACACUGUUGAAUUUCAGAAACGCGGUCUACCACACGCACACAUACUGAUCAUCCUCAGGGACGACGGUAAGUUGCUUGAUGCCGAGGAUGUCGACAACGUUGUGAGUGCCUCCUUACCAGACCCGACGAUUAAUCGGCGUCUGCAUGACUGCGUUGUGUCUCAAAUGAUUCACGGACCUUGA